CUACCCACUACUUUCUUACCCCCUCUCCCUCGCUCCCUUACCUCCCUCCACCCUCUUCUUCCCUCUGAUCUCAUCCCACAUAUAGUACUCCUUCGACAGCUCUACCUCCCACCAGUACAUGGCGGCAUUCCCACAUCCUCCAUCGCUACUUACGGUCUACCUAAUGAGCUGCGGAUGACACGAGAACGUCGGUUCAGCCCUGCGAUGAGUGGACUGGGUCUGGAUAUUCCCUCCGGUCCGGGGCAUUCUGGCAGGGGCUCUGAUUCGGAGGAAGUCGGAUGUGAUCACCUUAACGAUUCUCCAGAUACGCAAGACCCAGAAGAUGAGGAAGGUCUUUAUGAUGAUUCAGAAGAGGAGGAGGAGGAGGAUCCUUUCACUGGACAUUUAGACAAUUUCGAGAGGGAUUGGGCGGAGAGAUGGCUUUCUGGGGUUGUACGUCGCUCUCAGACCUGGUUGGAGGAUCAUGAAAGUGAAACGAGUAUGGACACGAGGGAAUAUGAAAUGGUUCUGAGGGAGUCUGUCGCUGUUUUGGCCAUGAUGGCAGGGACGAGUGCUGCCGGUUCUCUAACCCGUCAUCUUCUCUUCCCCGUUCAUCCUUCCUUAUCCAAAACCAUCCCCUCCAUUCGAUCCAAUCUUCAAAACUCUUCAUAUUCACCCGAAACGAACACUUUUCUCUCUUCCUUAUCCUUGUCUUACUCACCAACCAAAUCAAUUUCUAACUUUCCUCGAGAUCCUCCAUCUCGCAUUCAACCCUCAACCUCUCCCAGCUCCUUAAGAAACCGUCGUAUCUCUUUUCAAUCAGGAUCAUCUCGUUCUCUCUCCCUGUCACCUAAUAGUCGGCCAUUGCGCAGGAGAAAAAGAACUGCGAUCCCUAUACUCCUCCAUGAUGCACCUAUGACGGAUCAUUUAUCCGUUGGUGUACAAACGUGGGGUUCGGCUAUCCUCUUAGGACGAGAGAUAGCCUUGGAUCCGGAGAGAUUUGAACUGUUCAGAGAUUCCUCAGAGGGUAUCAGGGUAUUAGAGUUGGGAGCAGGGACGGGGUUGUUAUCCAUCCUUUGUCGGAAGUUGUUAGACCUACGCUCGGACGAAGACAGGAGAGAGGGUUUGGUGGUAGCUACGGAUUUCCUUCCUGAGGUAUUGGAGAACUUGAGGGUUUGUGUGGAUCUCAACUUUCCCCCUCCAUUAUCGCCUUCAAGUCCAAAAGUUGUAAAGAGUACUACCGACAUUUCGGCCGAUACAGGGAUUCAUAUCGCUAAAUUAGACUGGACGACUUUCCCCAGAUACAUGGCCUCUCUCAAAUCACCCGCACUCGCUAACUUGAAUGACGGAGGGGAAGAAAUGUCUAGAUAUAUGGGUAAGCCGUUCGAUUUGGUCCUUGCUUCGGAUUGUGUGUAUGAUACUACCCAUGCGAGGUUAUUGAGGGAAGUUGUAGGAUGGGUUUUGAGGUUACCGGAGGGAGGAGAUGAAGGAGGGACAUUUCAUCUCCUUUCUCCCUUACGUCCAACUUUCGGUCCUGAACUUCAAAGUAUAGAUGAUACAUUUCCUCUUUUAUCCUCUUAUCCGCCUCUUUCUCUCCGUCAGCCAUCGACAAAUGAUCAACGCGAUGGAGAAGGUCUCGGUUCUACUCAAGGUCUCAGAUUGGGCGUAAGAGGAGAUGGUAAGAAGAGUAAAAAAGGUAGGAAAGGUGAAGGGAGGGUAGAUGAAGGAGAUGGGUAUUGGUGGUGGGAGAUUGGUUGGGGUUAG